AUGCAAAUAAGGGGAAGUGAAAGUGACGGUGCAGGCUCCGACUCCGCGGUAGCGGGUGUAGUCAUUAGUGGCGUACCUGGCGUUGAGCUUAUUGCAGCAGCCGACGAGGUUGAGGCCGGGCUCGGCGAUGAGGUGGUUGAAGAAGGUGAGGUUGAAGUCACCGGGGACGAAGAAGACGUCGUUGAUGCUAGUUUCGACGAGGUGGCGGCCGAGGGUGGCAUCGGAGGACGCAACGACGGAGGGCGCUACGGAGUUGUGUAUUGCAGUGGCGGAGCCAUUCGGUGGGCUGCCUACAUCGCCAUUGGUGGGAUUGCAGGCGUCCAGCGCGCAGAUCUUCGAAACUUCAGACCCUUCAGGAGAAGAUAUCCUCCCUUUUAUCAGCGCCUUACUCUUAUUGAGGAAUAUCAGACUAGCUCAUCCCAAGGUGUUGAUCCUAUGGACACUAGUUCAGCCCCUCAAAGUGAUGAUGAAGACUCUGAGGAAGGAAGUGACGAAGGUGAUGAAGAAGAGGAAGGUAAUGAAGAGGAAGAUGGAGAUGAAGAAGAGAAAGGUGAAGAAGAAGCUGAAGAAGAAGAAGAUGAUGAUGUUGAUAACUGA